AUGUCUCCAAAUGCAUUUAGUCGUUUGUUCAGUACAACAGCAAAUACAGUAUUUAAAAGAUUUUUAUUAACAUUAAUUCGAACAACAUUAAUAUAUAUAAUAGCAUUAUUAUUUGUUCAAUUACCAACAUUUUGGCAUUAUGUUAUAACAUUAGGAAAAGAUGGUAAUAAAAAUGAAAAACAAAGAAGAAUUCGAGCGAAAUUAAUUGAUGAUUCUGAUCCAUCAUCAUCAUAUAGAGCUAUUCAAGUUCUUGAUCAACUUAAAACACAACCUGAAGAUCAACUUGAAACAUUAGCUAAUAUUCCUGAUCUUUGUCUUCAACGUCAUCCUCAUAAACAAACACUUGGUGUUAGACAAAUAAUUGAUGUCGAAGAUGAAAUGCAACCAAAUGGAAAAGUUUUUAAAAAGUUUAUAAUGGGUGAAUAUGAAUUUACAACAUAUAGUGAAGCUUGUGAUCGAAUAAAUUUAAUUGGUCGUGGUUUAUUAUCACUUGGUUUAAAAUCAGGUGAUAAAGUUUUAAUUUAUGCUGAAACACGUCCUGAAUGGUUAUUAACUGCAUUUGCUGCUUUUCGUCAUGGUUUAACUCUUGUUACACUUUAUUCAACAUUAGGUGAAGAAGCUGUUAAACAUGGAAUUAAUGAAUCACAAGUUAAAAUAAUAAUUACUUCACAAGAACUUACUUUUAAACUUGACAAAACAUUAGAUCAAAUAGAACAUAUUCGUUAUGUUGUUUAUUUUCCAUCUCUUGUUAAAACACAAUCAACUAAAGUACCAAAUGAUAAAAAUAAUAUUCAAUUUAUUCCUUUAAAUCAAUUAGAAGAACAAGGAAAAAAUUCUCAUAUUGAUGAAUAUAUUUUAAAUAAACGACCUGAUAAAACAGAUAUUGCAGUUAUUAUGUAUACAAGUGGAAGUACUGGAACACCAAAAGGUGUAUUAAUAAAACAUGAAAAUAUUGUUGCUGCAAUGACUGGUCAAAAAGAACGUGUUUUUCCAAUGGUUGAUAUUGAAAAUGAUAUAUAUAUUGCUUAUUUACCAUUAGCUCAUAUUCUUGAACUUUGUUGCGAAAUUCUUGUAUUUUAUAUGGGUAUUAAAUGUGGUUAUUCAUCACCUCAAACAUUAACUGAUCAAUCAACAGCUAUAAAACGUGGUGAAAAAGGAGAUUUACAAGUUCUUCGACCACAUUUAAUGUGUUGUGUACCUACAAUUCUUGAUCGUGUUCAUAAAGCAGUUAAUGAAAAAAUCAAUCAAUCAAAUUUAAUUCAACGUCAACUAUUUUAUUUAUCAUAUAGAAUGAAAGUUAAACGUUUAGAAUUGGGUCUUGAAAGUCCACAUCUUGAUCGUUUAGUAUUUUCUCGUUUUAAUCAAUUGGUUCUUGGUGGUCGAGUUAAAACAAUGUUAUGUGGUGGAGCUGUUUUAAGUGAAGAUACUCAACGUUUUGUACAAGCUGCACUUUGUGUUACACUUUUUCAAGGUUAUGGUCUAACUGAAACAUGUGCAGCUGGAACAAUUGCUGAUCGAUAUGAUAUAACUAUUGGUCGUGCCGGUUAUCCACUUGUUUCAUGUGAAAUUCGUUUAGAAAAUUGGGAUGAAGGUCAAUAUAGAAAUACAGAUAAACCAAAUCCACGUGGAGAAAUUCUUAUUGGAGGAAAAGUUGUUGCUGAUGGAUAUUUUGCUGAUGCAGCUAAAGAAAAUAUUAAUUUUAAAUUAAUUCAUGGACAAAGAUAUUUUUCUACAGGAGAUAUUGGAGAAAUAUUUCCUGAUGGAACAGUUAAAAUAAUUGAUCGAAAAAAAGAUUUAGUUAAAUUACGUGGUGGUGAAUAUGUAUCAUUAACUAAAGUUGAAAUGGCAAUAAGUAAAAUCCAUACUAUUGAAAAUAGUUGUGUAUGUGCAUCACAUUCAGCUGAAUAUACAGUUGCACUUAUUUCUCCAAAUACAAAACAUAUGUCUAAUUAUACAGAAAGACAUUUUUAUGAAAAAGAAUGGCAAAAAUUAGUUGACAACGAAGAAUUUGUUGAAAAAAUUCUUAAAGAAAUUCAAAAUGUUUGUAAAAAUAAUGGAAUUGAAAGAUUCGAAACUCCUCAACGUAUUAAAAUAGUAACUGAAUCAUGGACACCUGAAACAGGUCUUGUUACUGAUGCAUUAAAAUUAAAACGAAAAGCUAUUGAACAAAAAUAUAAAGAUGAUAUUGAAGAUCUUUAUCAAGAUAAAAAACAAACAAAAAAACAAACAUCUACACAAAAUAAAAAUCAAUUAAAUAAUCCGAAUAUAUCUUCGAAAAAUAAUUCCAAAGAUCACAAAUCAACUCAAGAUAAUAUUUCAAAUGAAAAUUUAAAUAAUCUUUCAGAAAAUAUUAUUCAAAACAAUGAUUUGAAUAAAAAAGAUCAAUAA